AUGCGGAAGGUGCAAUACAUUUCAUCGUGCAUCAUGAAUUCUUACUUGGACCAACUUGCACGUGACUGUUACGCAGAAAUCAGUCAAAUUGUCACUUAUAGCUUUUGCGAAGGUGUGUGGUUACCGGACGAUUAUUUGGAAGUGAAAGAUGCAAUAGAUAAUUUCGAAAUUCGCGACGACGAUACUUGGGUUUCUGGUUUCUUUAAAACAGGAACUACGUGGACAGAAGAAAUGGUAUGGUGCACAGGGAAUGAUUUGGACUUUGAAAGAGCUACGGAAAAAUUGGAUUUAAGAUUUCCACUACUCGAGGGCUCCCAUGCACUUAGAUCUAGAUGUUUGUCGAGACGCUUCAACAAUCCUAUUUUUGGGCGAACUAUUGAAGAAAUCGCUGCAUUGCCUAGUCCUCGGUUUAUAUGUACCCACUUACCUUAUCACCUACUACCGAAGGCUUUGCAGCAACCAAACAGGAAAGCAAAAAUCGUUCAUGUGAUCAGAAAUCCUAAAGACACUUGCAUUUCAGCCUAUCAUUUCUUUCGACGUAUCGAUGGUUUCCGUGGAAGUUUUGAAGAUUUUUUACCAUGUACACCAUUUUGGGAGCAUCUUGUGGGAUUUUACAAAUAUAAAGGUUCGGAUAACAUUCUUAUUCUGAAAUACGAAGACAUGAAAAAAAAUUUACCUGCGAUUAUCCAAAAAGUUGCAGCUUUUUUGGGUAAGUCUUUCAGCGACGAUCAAGUGUCUAUAUUAGCAGAGCAUUUGAGCUUUAACAAAAUGAAAGAAAAUAAAGCAGUAAGUUACGAGAAGACCGGGAAUCUCGAUCUUGAUAAGCUUUGGGGAAAAGAAAUAUCUACUUCCUCGUCUACAUCUAGUCACAUGAGAAAAGGAGAAGUUGACCAAUGGAAAUCAGAAAUGUCACAAGAGAUAAUUGAAUCGUUCAACGACUGGACAGAUAAAAAACGUAAACUAUAUCCGGAGCUAGAAAGUGAUUUCGGCUCUUAUUAG